AUGCCGCCAGUAUUCUACCUGGACUUGUGGCCUAUCAGCAACCCUCUAAUGCUUGUUCAUGACCCCGAUGUGGCCUCUCAAAUCACCCAAGCAAAGAACCUCGCCAAACACCCCGUUAACUCUAAGGUCUUGGGUCCCCUGGUCGGCUCACACUCAGUCGUGACUGCAGAAGGACAGGAAUGGAAAAUUCUCCGGUCCAUUCUCAACUCAGGCUUCUCGUCCCAGUACCUCUCGACUUUAAUCCAUCUUCUCCUCCGGCAUGGACUCGUCUUCAAAGACCGAAUUUCCAACUAUGCGUCGACCGGCGAGGUAUUCCCCAUUGAGGAGACCGCCACGGCCUUGACAAUUGACGUGAUCGGCGAGGUGGUCCUGGGGAAGAACUUUGACUCUCAACGCCGAUCGAGCGAGUUGGCAUUGCAUUUCCAGAAGGCGGUCGCGCCGUUCAAAUGGUGGCACUCCGUCCAACAGGACCGAAUCAUUGAGAAGAUGAUUCGCGAAAGACACGCCCAGACGAGAUCUACGGAUUCUGCGGGUACAAGGGCCGCUGUCGACCUGUUUCUUCAGGCUUACCGCGAGGAAAAGAUGGGCACCCAGGGCAAGAGUGGAAGCAGACCUGACGAGCUCGAUCCGGAAUUCAUGCACCUCGCACGCAACAAUGUCAAAACAUUGCUCUUGGGUGGCCACGACACCCACGUUGAACUCGGCGUGUUCGCUAACUUAAGACACAGCAACUUCAUCCACGAUCGCCUACACCCUGGCCCUCCUCUCCUAACCCAAAACACCCACGAACUCGCUCGGAUCCGAGCCGAACACGACGCCAUAUUCGGCCCAGACCCAUCCCAAGCCGCGUCCAUCCUCCUCUCCGAGCCCCGGCUCCUCAACAACCUGCCCCUCACGACCGCCGCCAUCAAGGAAACUCUGCGACUCUUUCCCGCCGGGAGCACCACGCGCACGACCCUGCCCCCCCACCCGGUGCAGACGGUGGCGUUCCGGGACGGCCAGCAGCUCCCGCUCGCGGGGGAACAGAUCUGGAUCGCGCACUACGGGUUCGGCCAACGGGCCGACCUCUGGCCGGAGCCCCGGAAGUUCAUGAUCGACCGCUUCAUGCCCGGCGGACCAACACCGCCGCCCAAGGACGCGUGGCGGCCGUUCGAGAAGGGCCCGCGCGGCUGUCUGGGCCUGGAGCUGGCGAUGAUGGAGCUCCGCCUGGUGCUGGUCCUGCUGUGCCGGGAGUUCGACUUCGAGACCGCCUACGCCGAGGACGCGCCGCGCGCGCCCCCAGAGCACGGUGUGCAGGGCGGGAGGGGCUAUCAGAUCAUCGAGUUCGCGGCGAAGCCCGUGGGGCAUAUGCCCAUGCGGGCACGGCGGAGGGGGAUGGAUGAUACGGGUGAAUGA